AGAGUGCAGACUUUCUGAUUUAAAAGUGACAGUCGAUGCUUAUGAAAAUAAUCUGAACGAGUGGAGUGAGAAAGUAAAGUAUGAGGAUGUACUGUAAUAAAGUGAGAUAGGUCGUUGUAAAGUGUGAUAAGAGCAGUUACUCGUAUAGGGUCGAUUGUAGUGAGCCUUGGCCGAGACCGAAGUCUUCUCUCUUGGUUUCAACCCUUCGUAAGUGGAUAUUGUUUUGUUUGUUAUAUCAGUCGAGUGUCGAUCAGGGCUCGGCGAAGGAAGGAGUGGAUGGGAACGUAGGCCGAAGCAGGGGACCCUUGAGGAGUAGGAUGUAGACGGUGGGAGAGAUGGAGGAUAAAGAACCCAGUGCAUUAGGCUUAUGCCGAUGGCGUGAAGGUAAUUGAUUACGCCGUCCACCUUUUAGGGAUAUGGUUUUAAAGGAACUAUGUCUCUCCCGAGGACCAGAUCAUUGAUGAAUAACAGUACAAAUGCGAAUAUAACGGCGAAAGAGGGUUUGUUAGAAGCGCCUGACGGCGAGAACGAGGAUAGCCUGCCUUUGAAAGGGACAGCUAUAGAAGACCUGACGAAAAAUGCCAACGGCAAUUCGACGACGACGACCGUGGGCACGAUAUCCACGACGACGACGACGACCAUCACCACAGUCAACGACGCCUGCACGAAAAUAACCAACAACGGAGUAGCCGAGACCAACGGCAUCAACAAGCUGCAACAGUCGAAGAACGGGUCCAACAAACAGAAACGAAACCUGCCGAUCAAGCCGUACGAAGCUGUGAGCGAUUACGGCAACCUACUCACCAAUUACGAAGUGCACGAGAUCCUUAAAUUCCCGGAAAUAUAUUUUAUAGGUCAUAACGCCAAAAAGAUACACGGCCUCAUCGGAGGGCCGAACAACUGCAGCUACGACAACGAGCACGGCUCGUACAUCCACAUCGUCCAUGACCAUGUCGCCUACAGAUACGAGAUCCUGAGGGUCAUCGGCAAAGGCAGCUUCGGUCAAGUCAUCAAAGCCUUUGAUCACAAGACGAGGCAGUUUGUCGCUCUCAAGAUGGUGAGGAAUGAAAAACGGUUCCACCGCCAGGCCCAGGAAGAAAUCCGUAUUCUGGAACAUUUGAAGAAACAGGACAAAGAUAACACUAUGAACAUUAUCCAUAUUUUUGACAAUUUUAUAUUUAGAAAUCAUAUCUGCAUCACGUUCGAACUCCUGUCGAUUAAUUUGUACGAAUUGAUAAAAAGGAACAGGUUUCAAGGCUUUAGUUUGCAGUUGGUCAGAAGAUUUUCACAUUCGCUCCUUCAAUGCCUUGAUGCACUUUACAGAAACAAAAUUAUUCAUUGUGAUAUGAAACCUGAAAAUGUUCUUAUUAAACAGCCAGGGCGCAGUGGAAUCAAGGUCAUUGAUUUUGGGUCCAGCUGCUAUGCCAACCAACGCGUAUAUACUUACAUACAGUCACGCUUUUAUAGAGCACCUGAGGUCAUUUUGGGAGCUAGAUACGGUAUGCCCAUUGACAUGUGGAGCUUGGGUUGUAUUUUAGCUGAACUACUUACUGGAUUUCCAUUACUCCCUGGAGAAGACGAAGCAGAUCAAUUGGCAUGUAUUAUAGAACUAUUGGGUAUGCCUCCUCAGAAACUUUUAGAUGCUUCGAAAAGAACAAAGAAUUUUAUUAGCUCAAAAGGAUAUCCUCGUUAUUGCAAACCCUGUACUGUUAAUGGAAGUACUGUAUUAACUGGUACAUUAUCAAGACGUGGGAAACUGAGAGGUCCACCUGGCUCAGUUGGACUGCGCCAAGCACUGAAAGGCUGUGAUGACCCCUUGUUUAUUGAUUUUGUAAGAAGGUGUUUAGACUGGGAUCCAGACACUCGAAUGACUCCAGCAUCUGCUUUACGCCAUGAUUGGUUAAGGAGAAGACUGCCCAGGCUACCUACUGCUGAUUCUCAUUCUGUGGGGGUUGAAGAUGGAUAUUUUGUCGAAACUACUUUUGCAUGUUAAACCUUUCUCGAACUAGAUCUUCCUUUAUCAGUCUUAACAAGUGAAAUGAGUACCACUUUUAAACUUAAAAAAAAAUUAUAUUUCAUAUAAGAUAAUAGUUUGGUUCAAAGGCUGAUUAUCCUUUAUUUCCUUUUUUCAUUUUUUAUUAUGAGUUUGUGUUAUUUCUGUUCCUUAUUAGGUUAAUACCUGUGACAAUUUAAUGAUUUAUAUUGUUUUUCAUUUUUUUUUACUUUUGUUUGUGUUCUUUGUUUGUUUUUUUGUAUGUGUGCCAUACACUGCCAUGUAUUUUAUUCUUAGAGCUUAUCAGUUUAUAUUUUGUUUGAUUUACGUAUUUGUGCAAUGUAAUUCAAUAUUGCUUUAUAUGAUUUAACAUUUUCUAAAUAAAACGUUUCUGUGACAUUUGCAGCUAUUUCUUAACGGGCAGGAUUUCUGCCUAUAAUUGAUGAAUGGUUUAAACUAACUUGUGACUAAAUUGCAAAGAGAGAAAAAAAAAAUUAAAGUCACUACUUACUUGAAGAACAUAUUAAGAAAUUAGAACUGUGCAAUUUUUAUAUGUUUGUUGUAUAUGUGUUUUGUUAGGUGCUAACAAUACAUCAUUGUAAGAUAUUGUGUUGAUGUCUGCAAGGUGAAGAACUCGUAGUUUCACCAUCCCUGAUCAUCCCGUACUACCCAUAUUCAGUUUCGGCAUUUCGCCCUCUAUUGUUGUUGUGUGUCGACUAUACAUCGAGGAUGCCAUCUGAUAGCAAUAACAGUGUUUGGAAAACCUAUUUAGUAAUAGAUGAAUCAAAGAUGCCAACAGAGUAAAGACUACACCAUUUACAAAUGCAUAAUAUAACCGACAUAAUAAAAGAUACAUCAACAACUUAAGAUGGAGAAAUCCCGAAAGACGUACAAAUCGGAGUGUGAGAAUAGGAAUGUACAUGAUGAUCAGAGAUAAUUAAACUACGCCUACCUUUUGUCAUUAUGAAUCUAAUUGACAAUUAAUAAUCAUUAUUACAUUUUUAGUGCCUUUAGCCAAAUUGUUAGAAAACCGUGGAAAUUUUACUUUCAGAGGACUAACAAUGAAUUAUUAUUACGUUUGGAUUAAAAUAAUAGACAAAUAUUAUUAAUUACAGAUUAAUAUAUGUACUGGACCUAAUCCAGAAACAAACAUUAAAAAAUUAAACCUUUUGGUUUUGUUUAAACAUUUUUUUUUUCGGUGCUUUAUAUUUCCUCUAAAGUGAUGUAAUUUUAAGUUAUAAAAUAUGUUCCAUGUAUUUUUUUAAUAUGUUAUUGUCAUAUGAUGGUUGUAAAAAAAGAUUAUCCAAGCAUAAAAUUUAUCUACUGUUAGGAACAGAAGACCAAGAAAAAAAAGUGUGUAAUAUGCAUAUGUCAAAAGCGUUGUUUUUGUUGAAUUUGGUUGCCAGUAUAGUUUUUCAUUUAAUUGCUUAUUAUAUAAGAGUUUAUAGUCAAAAUAUUGUGAUUCAAUCAAAUUAAUUCACUUUAACACCAAGCAUAAUAAUCAUAGUAUAGUGUUAAUACAUAUCAAUUAUUUAUUACUUUAACACCUGCGCUUUUUUAUUUUUAUUUUUAUUUUUUUAAUGUAGGCAUACUAAUAAUCCAUACUAUGAUAUAAUAAUAGUAUUAAUAUUAUGUACAUAUUAUUAUUAUUAUUAUAUUAUAUAUUAUUAAUAUUAUAUUAUGCAUCUAAUUAAUGGCACUGUUAGCAUAAAAUGUAUAAUUGACUGAUUUCAGUGACCUAAUGAUCUCAAUCUUUACUAUAUGCUAGCUUUGUGUCAUAAAUAUACUGUAGGAUGUGUAAAUAAUUGAGUUAAGCUUUGAAUUAAGUAAAUCGGUGGCAGAAUGUCUAAGUAUUGUAUAUAUACAUUACAAUGUGCGCUGAACUGUUGUAGGCUCUGAUGCACAGUUCAAUUAUUGUGUAUUUUCAUAUAUUAGCGCGCCUUCUCUAACGAGAAGCUAAUUGUCUACAAAUUACUAUAAUAGACAUUGAUUGACUUUUACCUAAUAUGACGUCCUAAAUCUUAUAUAGCGUGUAGUAUGGCUGUAAAUAAGCAUUGUGCAAAUUGGGCGUAUUAAGCCAAAGAUAUUCUUUUUAUGUAGAAUUGUAGAGAUGUUGAGACUAGUUUUAAAAAUGCUACUUUUAAGUAUGUGUGUUCACAUACCCCCCCCCCCCCAAUUUGAUUGUACUUAAUAUGAAUUUGUUGUCUUUGUUUUUACAAAGGAAACUCCAGUUGUUACUUCUUAUUUGCAACUUUCCACUUUAAAUAUAAAAAUUAAACUGGUUGUAUUAAGCUCUUGCAAAUACAUAUGCUGUGGUGUCAAGUGUUUUAGUAAUAAAACCAUUGUACAGGUUUUGUA